UCGCACGGCGCAUGCGCGUGGCGCAGCGCCGGGGGCGGGCAGCGAUGGCGGCAGCCGUGGGACUCUCGUCCUCGCCGGGUUCCCCCGCUGUGAGCGAGCUGUGCCAGAACAGGCGGGAGAUCUUCCUGGAGGCCUCGCGGCUGCUCCUCACUUACGCUGACAACAUCCUCCGGAAUCCCUAUGAGGAAAAAUACAGAUUAAUUCGGAUUGGAAAUCCAGCAUUUUCCACAAGGCUGUUGCCCGUCAGAGGAGCAGUGGAAUGUUUAUUUGAGAUGGGGUUUCAAGAGGGAGAAACUCACCUGGUUUUCCCUAAGGAAGCUUCAAUUGACCAACUACGUAAAAUCAGAGACUUAAUUGCUGGUGAGAGGAGUAGCAGACUGAAUGAAUCAAACCAAAUCCACAGAUCGGGAUUCUCUGAAACUGUCACCAGCACUCAGACAGCUGUACAACGGCCUUCGAGACCUGUUGACUCUGUUCUUGCCCCUGCCCAUCAGCAACCAGAAGCAUCACUUGUGCAGUCUCUUGAAAUGGCGGCAAACAUCUUGAAAACACUUCAAACAAAAUUUGAGAAUCUUGUAUUGAUGUAUGAGAAUCCUUCUAUUCAGCAGAAAGCACUAGCUGCAAUUCCCCUUCAGGAAUUGAAAAGCAAGGCUCAGAAAAAGCUAGCACAAGCUACAAGACUGGACAAAGGUGCACAUGUGAAUGAAGAGGACUUCUUAUUGUUGGAGCUUCUGGAUUGGUUUAAGACUUCCUUUUUUCGUUGGGUAAAUAGUCUUCCUUGCAGCAGGUGUGGUGGGCAGACAGAGCCUAAAAGUGACUAUCUGUUGCCUACUGAUGAUGAUCUAAGGUGGGAUGCCAGUCGAGUAGAAAACCAUUACUGCAACCAGUGUCAGCUCUGUAAUAGAUUCCCAAGAUAUAACAACCCUGAAAAACUUCUGGAAACCAGAUGUGGACGCUGUGGCGAGUGGGCCAACUGUUUCACACUGUGCUGCAGAGCUGUAGGGUUUGAAGCAAGAUAUGUCUGGGACUGUACAGAUCAUGUGUGGACUGAAGUAUAUUCUUCAUCUCAGAAAAGAUGGCUUCACUGUGAUCCUUGUGAAAAUGUGUGUGAUAAGCCUCUUCUUUAUGAAACUGGCUGGGGAAAGAAGCUCUCCUACAUAAUUGCAUUCUCCAAAGAUGAGGUUGUUGAUGUCACCUGGAGAUACAGCUGUAAACAUGAAGAAGUACUCUCCAGAAGGACAGCACUCAGCGAAGCUACACUGCGAGAGACAAUUAAUGCACUAAAUAGAACGAGACAAAAGUCUUUGUCAGAAAAUAGAAAAAGAGAGCUCCUGGAAAGGACUAUUGUGGAGCUUGUUGAGUUUAUUUCUCCUAAAACACCUAAACCCGGCGAAUAUGGUGGAAGGACAUCAGGCUCAAUGGCUUGGCGAGUAGCCAGAGGUGAAAUUGGUCCAGAGAAAAGAAAAGAAGUAGUUUUUAUUCCCUCUGAAAAGGAGAAGACAUCUAAACUGUUCCAUCUCAUCUACAAUGUAAUAGAUGAUAGUUAUACACGGAUUUCCAAUAACAGUGAAAAAAUAAGUGGCUGGGAAGCAGGUGUUUGGAAGGCAGAAUCUGUUUGGAGAAAGGUUGAAACAGAUUGGAAAAUGGUUUAUUUAGCUCGAAAAGAGGGGUCAUCCUCUGCUUCUGUCAGCUGGAAGUUUGAGUGCAAGUCAGUCGGUCUAAAAAUAGAUAACAUUUCAGUUAGGACAAGCAGUCAAACAUUUCAGAGUGGAAGAAUACAGUGGAGACUUUGCUCUCCUACAGCAGAAGUUGCUCUGAUAGGAGAUAAAAAUCUUUGCUCCUAUUCAGAUUUUUCUGGAGCAACAGAAGUUGUGUUGGAAGCAGUUUUAAAUGGAGGGGAUGGUGAAGCUGCAUGGCAACACACACAGCUGUUUAGAGAGAGCUUAACAGGAUGUGGGGAAAAUUGCUUGGAGAUGAUUAUAAAACUCAGUGACCUCUGAGAAUCUGAGCUGCAGAAAUGUACUUUGGAAUCCUUGAAGACAUUAUACCAUGGAUACAACAUGAAGAUUUGGUUGGCAAUUCCUCUUCAUCCUGCUGGCAGCUUAUUUCCUGUUUCACUGCUUCCAUUAAACCAACUUGAAACUGCACGUGUACUGAAUAGGUAAACAUCACAGUGAGAACCUCUUUGCUAUAAAAACACCAAAAUUAAGGGAUUGAACUAUAAAGUACCCUUAAACUUUACAAUGAAAAGGAAACAACAUUUUUAGGAAGCAAUACAUGAUUAUAGAAGCACAAAGCAAUUGUAAUUGAUUUUAAUUUGGAGUUUUGGGAUUGGCUUGCUGGUUGUUUUGGGUUUUUAUAAUCUAUUUGGAAAAACAGUUUGAAUUCUGUUUUCCAAUUCCAACAGAUGCUUGUGAUGAUUUUAAAAUAUUUUAAGCAAUGUUAGAGGAUUUAGACAUUUUUUAAAAAAUUUGAUUUUGUGUAGUAUCCAGAAGUGCAGAAAUUAAGUUAAUUUCAAGAUUGCUUCAAAAUUUCCUUGUUAGAUGUCUAAGUAUUAAACCCAUGUUUAAUACCUAGAACUAUUCAGAAGCAUGAUGGUUGCUGGAAAAAAUAACCUCAUUUUGAAAUAAGUGUUCAUUAUAUACCUAAAAUUGUCAUGGCCUGUGAUAUGAAAUUGAGGCUUAAAACUGAUUAAGAACAUGGUAUUUUUUUCUAUGAAAAAAUAGGUUAUUCAAUAUAAAUACUUUUUAAUGAUAUUAAUUCAGAUUUGCUUAAUAAAUCUUUUAAAAGGUAGACAUGUAGGUUGAAAUCCUUUUAAGCUAUUGUCUUGACUUGCUUCAAAUACUAUUCCCAGAUGUGAUGUAAAAGCAUAUACAUUUUUUUUCUGUUCAAUUAAUGCAGUGUUUAAAUUUAUUUUCAGUCAAUAUAAUAAAAAAUACUAUCCAGGAGAUGUCAGAUGUUGCUAUGAAUAAAGCAUGGAGUGAAUGUUCAGAUUAGAUAGUCUUUUUCAGAAUGUGAGGAAGGCCAUGCGUGGAUUAUACAAGAGAUUUUCUAUUACAGAACUAAAAUGCAAAGUUCAAACUAUGGUUUUAUUUUAAAAUAAGUGAGAAUUAAGGAUGAUGUUCUCAAGAUCAGUAUUUUUAAAGAUUUUCUUCCUUUUUCUGACCUUUCCAACCUCUGUAUUGAAGUGUUUGUCAAAAAUAAUUUAUGUUGAAAUAAAUGUUUGCUGACCUUUCAACAAAUCUAAGCAAAUAUAAAACUAUUCAGAUUUUAUUAGAAAACUGCAUAUGCACAGUGAACACAGGCAUCUUAAAAAAUAGUAGAUUAUGGCAGCUCAGAAGUGACAGAACAAUGUGUGAUGGAUUAUAUACCCUUUACUUCAGAAUGUAAAUGGAGAGUUUAUGAGGGGAAUUAGAGUCAGGGAAUCCCUGUAAUACAGAAUAGCACAGUGACAGGGUACUGUAUUGUACACACUGGAAGGGUGUUUAUCAGUGCUUGACUAAUGCAAAGUGAAUUUGCCAGUCUCCAUUUUAAACUACUUCUCUGUUUAGUUUCAGUUAAACGCUUUUUCUGAGAUUUUGACUAGGAGCCAAACAGAAAAUUAUUUUAGCCUAAUAUGGAUACUACAUUGGAAGAAAAAAGGAAAAGGAGGAAAACUCAGGUACCACCAAUCAACAAAAAUGUUUCCACUUAAUAUUUUGAUAGCUGAAAAAGUUAGUGCUUUAAGGCAGAAAUUGUUUUUGCAGUGGAAUUGCAAGAAUUCUUAACCUUGAGGAAUUGCAGAAUUCUUUAACUGCAUCUGAUAAUUUGAAAUCAGAAGGAAAAAUAAAUUUAAAAGUAAUAAAGUAAUUUUCUCAUAAUUUUGAUCAGAAUCUCUGGGGGAAAUGUAAUAGCUGCAGAUAACUUAAAACAGUAAAGUAAUUUAAGUCAAUUUUUAAAAAGUUGCAGUGAAUUAAAAAGAUGGAAAAAUGCCUUGCCAGUCUAAUUAAUGAAGAAGUACUUCUGCAUUUAUGAGAUCACAUGCAAUGAAUAGAUUUUAGGAAAGAAUUAAUAAAUAAAACACUCAGGCUGAAUAGAGCUAAUAUGAAAAAUUUAAAUGGAACUCCUUCAGUUGUCUUUUGGAAUACCCUAUAAACAGUGAACACAUGAAUCUCUUCAUACAUAAGCUGUUUUAAAGACACUAAUUUCCUGUGUUGUUCUCCAUUUCAGCCCAACUCUUAAUAUAUUUUAAUUAAUUAUUUUUCUUAACCAGAGGUAACUCCUCAUCCACAGUUGUUUAAUGUUAACUUAGAAUAUCCUGAAUUUGCAGUAUUACGUGGUGGAAAGAUCUGUGCUGCAAUCUGCUCUAAAACUAUGGGUAUUAAGUUAUGCUGGCAGUGGUACAGUACUGGGUGAGUGGUAGAUGUUGAUCAAGGCACGUGUAGGUAGAAGUCAGUGUUUACUCAACUUUUUAUAGAGUACUUGGAUAGCAGAUAACUUUUUAUAAGUUUGAGGAGGUAGAGAUUAAAUGGGGAAAUGAAGAACACCGUUGCCUAGAAAUGUAUGGCUUAAUACAGGUAAAAUCAGCAAUGUUUUCUAGGAUCCAGCUUAGGUAUAUUUUACAGAACAACUGGCUGUCAACCGUGCCAUUUGUUGGUGCCUUCCAAGGUUGCAACUGAGGUCUAACAGUGAAAUCUUUUCUAUUAAAGUUUACAUUAAUACUAUCCUACCCAGUUAAUGCUUGCAAACUAAUUUGGGGGUGCAUGGUUUCCAUCAGAAUAAUGUGGGAGCCUGUGGACAGAAUUCCUCCUUUCAAACAAACAUUUGUUGUACUGUUGUCUGUCUAGAGUUGAUCAUCCAGCUGUUGAUUUCUUCAUAUCCUGUUUUGAUACUUCAUGCUUAGUAAUUUCCUACACCACAGGAAGUUGCUGGGAAGAUGUGUCCUUAAAAUAU